AUGGAAAAUGGAAAAUAUCAGGAAAUCAUGAUACGAGGAAUUACAGAGUUUUGCUUUCUGACUGUCAUGUCUUAUGACCGUUACGUAGCCAUCUGUAAACCUCUGCAUUACUCCACCAUUAUGAGCAGCAAAGUGUGUUCUUAUCUUGUAAUCAGUUCAUGGGCAGCUGGCUUUCUGAUUACCUUUCCACCACUGGUCAUGGGACUGAAACUGGAAUUCUGUGCUUCCAAAGUAAUUGAUCAUUUCCUCUGUGAUGCUUCUCCUAUCUUCCAGAUUUCUUGCACAGACACUCACUUCCUAGAAUUGAUUGUAUUUGUUUUAGCAGUUCUAGUACUUAUGAUAACAUUUCUUUUAGUGAUUCUUUCCUAUACAUACAUAAUCAAGGCUAUUCUAAAAAUAUCCUCUGCUCAGAAAAGAACAAAAGCUUUUUCCACUUGUUCUUCCCAUAUGAUUGUAGUCUCUCUUACUUAUGGCAGCUGUAUCUUCGUUUACAUGAAGCCAUCAGCAAAAGAUAGAGUGACUUUAUCCAAAAGUGUAACUGUUAUCUAUACCUCAGUUGCACCUUUAUUAAAUCCCUUUAUUUACAGUCUAAAGAACCAGCAAGUGAAACAAGCUUUCAAGGAUACACACAAAAA